AUGCCCGUCCACGACUCUCACAGCGGUGCGGGUACCGCCUCCCGCCGACUCCGCGGGCCUUUGCCAGCGGCUUCCGCAUUCCAUUUGACUCCCCGUCGCCUGCUGCUCCUUUCCACCGCCUUAUUCGGACUUCUCGCACUCCUGCGCUUCUCCCCGCACUCCGCGCUUGACAUCCGGCUGCGGUAUCGCGCUCCGCAAGAGCAGAACUCCUCCCCUUCUCAUAUCGCGCAGAAUUUAAGAGACAAUGCUCGACAUACGCCAUUGUUGGAGGCGGAUACAUCCGCGGAAGGGCUGCGCGGAUCCGCGGGUUACGCGGUGAAUCUCGGCUACGCACGAGGCGAUUCGAGGGAAGGCAACAGCCGCAAAGGGUGGCGGAAACUAAGGCGAGAACUGUUAUAUGUGGAGUGGCGCGCGCGCGUUGAUGCGCUUUCCGCGGAGCGGGCGGAGAAUGGGCCGUGGUGGGCGCGGGCGGAGUGGAGUUGGGCGGAGAAGGGGGAAGCGGAAGAGAGUGGGGAAGAGUGGAAAAUGGAGGAGGAGCAGUGGGUGCGGGAAGAGAGAGAGGGAAAAUUACAGGAUAUGCCGACUGGAGGUAAUGAGGGAGGGAGUGAGGGAGGGAAUGAGGGAGGGAAUGAGGGAGUGAGUGAGAAUGAGGGAAGUGAUGAUGCAUUACUGCUCGCGCCAGGAGCUGCAAUGGCUGAGUCAGCAGAUCAGAAUGAUGAGUCAGCAGAUAACAGAUACGAGUCAGCAGAUGACAGGGAUGAGUCAGCAGGUGACAGGCAUGAGUCAGCAGAUAACAGUGUACUAGGGAGUUCAGAUACUGAUGGGAGAGUGGCUGUGGGAAAGGGGGGGUUGAGAGAAGCGGAGGAGGGAAACGAUUACGAUGAUGACGGGGAGUGGGUCGAGGAGGAGAAUGAGGGGGCAGGGGAGGAUAAUGAGGAUGAAGAGCGUGAGGAGGGUGAGGAGAGUGAGGAGGAUGAGGAGGAUGAGGAGGGUGAGGAAGAUGAGGAGGGUGAGGAAGAUGAGGAGGGUGAGGAAGAUGAGGAGGGUGAGGAAGAUGAGGAGGGUGAGGAAGAUGAGGAGGGUGAGGAAGAUGAGGAGGGUGAGGAAGAUGAGGAGGGAGAUGGGGGAGAUGGGGGGCCAGGAGGGGGGAGUCAACCGAGUCAACUGAGUCAACCGAGUCAGCAGGCACCAGCGCCUGUUGCUGCUGCAGGCGAGUCUGUUGAAGCAGCAGCAGGAGGAGCAUCGGAUGUACCCUUUCCUGACGUGACUGAAGCCCCGCCACCGAGAGCAUCAGAUGCGCCUUCACGCGAGGUGACUGAAACGGGGGAUGCUGCAGAUGUGCCCUUUCCCAAGUCCCCUCGCACAGUGCCACGGGGAGGGUUGGAUGUGUGGCGCUCACCUGAGGGGCCUAAAACGGGGCUAGCGGGAGGGUCGCAUGAGCGCUCACUUGAGGGGAAUCAAGCACGGGGAGGCUCGCAUGGGGUGCCGAGCUGGGCGGUGAUGGUGACGCAGCGGGAGAAGUGGGAGGAGGAGGCGGAGCGGGAGGAGGCGCGGGAGAGGGACGUGGAUGAUGCACGUGUGGCGCUGGCACCGCUGCUGGCGGCGAUGCAGGAUAAGGGCGCGUUGGGGAGGCAAAAGAGGUUCGGUGGCAAGGAGUGGAGAGGGGCGGGGCAGGGUGGGAGGAGGGAGGAUACAGGGGAAGGAAGGAGGGGGAUGAAGGGGGAGAAGGAAGGGUUAGGGGAGAAGGAGAGGGAGAUGGAUAGAGACGGUGAAAGGGGCAGAACGGGGCGGCUGUUGAGGGGUUUGGAUGUGGGCGCGGAGGGAAGUGGGGAGGCGGGUGGUGGGAGGGAAUGGGAUGAGGAGGAUGGAAGGGGAGAAAGGACUGAUCAAAGCAGAGGAAGAACAGUGGGUGCGAGUGAGGGAGUGAGUGAGGGAGUGGGCGAGGGAGUGAACACAGGAAUGAGUGAGGGAGGGAGCGAGGGAAGAGAGGGAGUGGGAGGGGAAGAGGGAGCAAGAGGGGGAGAGGGAAUAAGCAAGAGAGCAGAGGAGGCGAGAGGAGAGGAGGUGAGAGGAGAGGAGGUGAGUGAGGAGGAGUUGAGGCGGCGAGUGGGGCUCCUGGUGUGGCCCAUGCCGGCACUCAUUGCUGCUGUGGGGCGUCAAGAGGCGGCCAUCAGUCCCUUGCUGCAGCUGUCGCUGGAGCUGGGGGAAAGGGGUGCAGGGAUGGGAGAUGAGGAGGAGGGAGAGGAGGGGGAGGAGGGGGGUUGUGAGUGGGGCAACGGGGAGGGUGGUGAGGUGGGCGGUGAAUAUGGUGGCUCUUCACGUGUGCGGCAGCAAGAUGCAGCACAGGUGGCGUCACAGGAGGCUUCAAGGGAAGCAGCAGGGCGGGCAGCAGGGGGGGCAAGGAGACGUGCAUCACAGCAGGCAGCAGGCCGUGCGGUGCUGUGUGCUGCCUUCCACCACUUUCUCUCCUCCACCCUCUCCCCACACCGCUCCCUGCCCGCCCUCCUGGCUGCGCUUGAGGAAAGGGGAGGUGGAGAAGGAGGAGGAGAGGAGGGAGGAAAAGGGCAAGGGGAGAAAAGUGCAUGGCAGCAGCCAGAGGAGGGGUCACUGAUGUUUCGUGCGAGCGGCAAACUGUUGUCCGAUUCCCCAGGCUCAUCACUGCUCGCCAGGUGUCACGUGCUGGUUGGACGGCUGGGUCAUGGGCCUGUCUCGUGGUGGCUGAGACAGGUGGUGCUGUCCACGUGGCAGCUGUUCACUGGCUGGGAGGACAGGCUGUUGAGAGAGCAAGGGGAGGAGACCAGGGGGAGGAGCAUGGUCAACGGCAGCAGCAGCAAUAGCAGCAGCGGCAGUGGCAGCGGCAGCGGCAGCGGCAGCGGCAGUGACAGCGACAACAGUAGCGGCAGGGGGGGCGAGACAGUGGGGGCAGUGCUCCUUGUAGAAUCUCUGCUCAUUGCGGUUGCCCGGCCAGAGGAAGAGCUGGAGGUGGGGGCAGACGAGAGCUAUGUGCUCACUGCGGGGGUCCCUGCUGCACCGGGCCAUUCGUCGUCAGCAGCAAUGAUCAAAAUCCACGCAAACACAACAAUGGGCGCACUCAGAGCACUGGAGACGUUGAGUCAGCUGGUGCGUGGGGACCCCUCUUCCCGUCUGGCUCUGCUGCAAGGCGUGCCUCUCACCAUCCACGACCGCCCGCGCUUCCCCCACCGAGGGGUGCUGCUGGACACGGCAAGGCACUUCCACCCCGUCCCCUUUAUAGAGCGACUCUUGGACUCGAUGUCGUAUGCCAAACUCAACGUGCUCCACUGGCAUCUAGUGGACGCAGAGGCCUUCCCCAUUGAGACGCCCUCCUUCCCGCGCCUCUGGAAGGGUGCCCACUCUCCCCACGAGCGCUACUCCCUCGCUGACAUGCGGCACGUGGUGGGCUAUGCAGCAGCACGUGGCAUUGUUGUCAUUCCUGAAAUUGACCUGCCAUCUCACUCCAAGGCAUGGGGAGUGGGCUAUCCGGCCCUGCUCCCAGCCUUCAACUGUUCCGAGCCUCUCGACGUUUCCAAUGAGUUCACCUUCCGAGUCAUACAGGGCGUGCUCACAGACCUGCGGUCAGUCUUUCCGGGGCCGACAAUCCACAUUGGUGGGGACGAAGUGAAUGCAGAGUGUUGGACAACUGUUCCUCACAUCUACAACUGGAGGAAGGAGCACAGGAGGACAGUGAAGGCGUCUAUAGCCUACUUUGUGAACCGCGUGCAGGCCAUUGCAAGCCAGCUCGGAUGGACCACAACUGUUGUCUGGGAGGAGUCAUUUUUCAAUGUCAGGAGGCACCUCAAUCCCACAACCACCAUCGUGCAAAGCUGGCUGAAAACCGACAGCCUGCCCAACAUGGCAGCGUGGGGGUUCCGCAUCGUUCACACGAAUGCCGGGGGCGGGUGGUACCUGGACUCGCUACAGUCCCGCUGGGAGCAUGCUUAUAGAGAGGAUCCCACUGACCUGGUGCUGCAGGUGGAACGAGAGAGGAUGGAGAGCGAGGAGGAUGGUGGGGAUGUGUGGAGUGGGGAUGGUGGGGAUGGUGGGGAUGGUGGGGGUGGUGGGGAUGGUGGGAGUGGCGGUGGGUGGAGUGGGGAGGAGGGUUGGAAUUCAGGCAGAAAGGAGGGGGGUGGGCAUGUGGGGGGAGGUGAGGAGGGUUGGAAUGUGGGGGGAAGGGAGGGGGCUGGGGAUGUGGAAGGUGGAGGGGUUGGGGACAGUGGGGAUGGGUUGGGAAGCUUGUGGCCUGAUAAGUGGGGAGAGGGAGUGGGAGGGGGAGGGGGAGGGGGAGGUGGAGGGGGAGGGGGAGGGGGAGGGGGAGGGGGAGGGGGAGAGACCCCCACUGCGGUUUUGCUGGAGCGUCUGCGAGGGAGAUUGAGAGUGGAGGAGUUGGCAGGUGUGGGGGCGAGAGGGGGAGAGGAUGCAAGAGAGGGUGGAGAUGUGGAUGGGACGGGAGGAGACGGGGCGGGGAGUGUGGGGGGCAUGCAGAAGCUGGGAGGAGAAGAAGGUGAAAAGGGGGAGGAGAAGGGAGAGGAGGGAGGGGGAGAGACAGUGGGACGAGAAGCAGGGAAGGAGCAUCAGGGGGAAGAGCAGGGAAGAGGUAAAAUCAUUCACAUGGCUGUGGGCGGACGGGAGGGGGAUCGAGGCGAGCGAGGGUUGGGAGGGGAUGAGGGGGAGGGAAAGGACACGUCAGCAGGGACUGGAGUGAGGAGAAGGGUCCUGGAGUGGACAGGAGGAGGGGAGGGAGGUGAGGAAGGAGAGACAAGAAGGGAGGAGGAGAAGAGGAGGCGGUGGGAGGAGCUGGAGGCGUUGGCAGAGAGAGUGGUGGUGGGGGGGGAGGUGUGUGCGUGGAGUGAGAGGAUCGACCCCUCACAACUCAUGGCCACAGUGUGGCCGCGUGCUGCUGCCAUGGCAGUGUUCCGGUGGAUGUCGGGCAAGGUGCACAGCGUGUAUAUGAUGGAGGACCCAAUCAAAUACGCCACGUGUAACGUCAAGGGCACCAAAGAGCUCUUCCGGCCGUCGGGCGCGGGCCACGUGCUGUGGAUCCCGCAGCCCAGCGACCUGGGGAAGACGUUCUACUUCGUGAGCAAGGGCAAGGAUUGCCUCAACGGCAUGAAGGCCGUCCUCAAGAUCACGUGA